CUGCUGAUCUCUGCACUCUGCACUAUUCUGCUCACUUGGAUGGAUCGUCCCAUUGUGUAGACCAUGCUCAGACACUUCCGCAACUGGAUCUUCUAUGUCUUUCUCUGCUUUGGGAUCAUCUACAUGAAAUUAGGAGCUUUAUCAUCUGUGGUGGCUUUGGGAGCGAAUAUCAUCUGCAAUAAAAUCCCAGGGUUGGCGCCUCGGCAAAGAGCGAUCUGCGAAAGCCGACCAGAUGCCAUCAUAAUUAUUGGUGAAGGGGCACAAAUGGGAAUCAAUGAAUGUCAGUAUCAAUUCCGCUACGGGCGGUGGAACUGCUCGGCGCUCGGGGAGAGGACUGUCUUCGGCCAAGAGCUGCGAGUAGGCAGCAGAGAAGCCGCAUUCACGUACGCCAUCACUGCUGCCGGAGUCGCCCACGCUGUGACAUCCGCAUGCAGCCAGGGCAACCUGAGUAACUGUGGCUGUGACCGGGAGAAACAAGGCUACUAUAACCAGGAGGAAGGUUGGAAGUGGGGCGGCUGCUCGGCUGACCUUAAAUUUGGCAUUGAUUUUUCCCGAAAAUUUGUAGACGCGCGAGAAAUCAAGAAGAACGCACGAAGGCUCAUGAACUUGCACAACAAUGAGGCAGGAAGAAAGGUGCUGGAAGAAAGGAUGAAGCUGGAGUGCAAAUGCCAUGGUGUUUCAGGCUCCUGUACCACAAAAACCUGCUGGAACACGUUGCCUAAAUUCCGGGAAAUUGGAUUUGUCCUAAAGGAGAAGUACAACGACGCGGUGCACGUGGAGGUGGUGAGAGCCAAUCGCUUGCGGCAGCCCACCUUUCUCAAGAUCAAAAAAGUGCGCAGUUACCAGAAACCCGUGGAGACGGACUUGGUCUACAUUGAGCGCUCCCCCAACUACUGUGAGGAGGACAGUACUACUGGGAGUGUGGGGACGCAAGGACGGCUUUGUAACCGCACUUCUCCACACACGGACGGCUGUGACCUUAUGUGCUGUGGGCGUGGCUACAAUACCCACCAAUAUACGAAAGUUUGGCAAUGCAACUGUAAGUUCCACUGGUGCUGUUUUGUGAAAUGCAACACCUGCAGUGAAAGGACAGAGGUUUUCACCUGCAAAUAAGGCUUCGGUCAUUGGAAAGGCACGGACCAUUGUGGCGUCAUUUUGCACACGGAAUAAUUUUCUUUGCCAUAGAAAAUUAUGCCCCUUGCUCCCUCCUUCAAUGGUGGUCGCAUCCAGGGUCCUUGGCAGGUAUUUGGGUGGCAACAGACAUCGGAUGUUCAGUCAAGAACCAGAAAACUGAGCAUCAUCAGGCACUGGAGGGGAGAAGAAGAAAGCUUUUGGCUUUUAAUCUCUCAACAAAGAAAAAAAGCUAUGUGGUUGUUGUAGAUAUUUUUAAAUUAUGAAUAUCACAGAUGUCCGAAUGUAAGGAAAACAAAAAAAAUCUUAUGGUUCAGUUAAAAAAAAAACCCAUAAUGAAUGGUGACAGAAGGGACCAACGCUAAGAACGAAAAUGGCUAAAAACUAAAAACUUUGUGGCUACACAAGUCAAAUUUAUCUCACCAGCCAGUCACACUGGAACUAUAAUAAUGAACAUUGAAGAAAACAAACAAAAAAAAAAAAAGCAUAAUUAUUAUUAUUUAUGUUCUAAUAGUAAGAACCAAUUCUGAGCACUAACGGGUAGGCUGUGUCUUAAUUCUGUACUAAAUGGAAACUCCUAGAUGUCUUUAUAAUGUCUAUUUCUAACGAUUUUUAUUGCUACUGAGCCCUUUUGUUUUAAUAAUUGGGGACUUCAACAUUUGUUUCUACAUAUAUUUUAUUUUUUGUUUUCCUAAAUUUUAUUUUGUGAAAGAACAAAAAGAACCCGAGUUGAACUUUUUACACUAACCCUUAGUUGGGGGAGAAAAUGGUUGUCCUCAACGAUUUGGAGUGAUAAUAGCCGUACAUUUUAACUAAUUUAGGAGGAAUUGUUAGCAGGCCCUCCUAUGAAAUUGAAAUCAAUUAAAAAGUGAUAAUUUUAAAGCAUUAUCAUUCAUAUAGAGGAGCUAUUUAAAAAAACUUUUUUAAAAUAGUUCCUUCUGAGUAAAUCCAAAUCCAGAACUAGGGAUUUAGUUUAAUUCAAAAUCUGAAUUAAAAAUGUUUUUAACAGAUAAUGCCAACAUUUUAAAAUGCAAAAUAGGGUUUGACAAUGGUUCCAAAAUGGGCAAAAUUGGAAAAAUUAUGAUUCUGGCAUUUGCCUAAAAUUUAAACAAGAACGGGCAUAAAUUUUCUAUUUUAAUGAAUUGGAAAUGGAGUAAAAGUCCCUUCCAUGGUAUAAAGCUGUCCUAGAGCUUCUAUCAUACAAAGGUUGUACCUGGAGGGGGUUCAAUUGUAAAUAAAUUGUUAGGCAGGGCAAGACACAGACAGGGUCAUUUUGAACACGUGGAGGUCCAUUAGCAAAAUUAAGACCUAACGGCCUCAUAUGUAACAACGUCAGAGUAAUUGGAAUUUCCUUAUGUUAUACCUAAAGCAAGAAUAUAUUUGGGUGUAUCAAAGAGAAAAAAAAACACUGUACCAAACCUUUUAGAUUUAAAAUUUGAAUAAUGGAAAAAGCCAAAAAUUUGGAUUUUAUGGAACUGUCUGUGAUCUUCAGGUCACCUGCUCAAGGUUGAUCACUUUUGGACUCCUCUUAUUUAAAUGAUACGUCCCCCACAAUUUUUAUAUGAAUGCACUAUCCUUGGACAACCUUCUAAAGUCCUUGGGUGACCAAACACUGGAUUCCAUUGAAAAAUUGUCACUUUCCUACAUACGGUGUCACUUUUAUAGAUUGAGAACUUCCACAAGGAGAUGGGCUAGACAAGGGUGGGAGAUGCCUACUAACUAGUUAUAAGUCUUAUAAUGGAAUUGAAGAGCAUUACUGUGCAGGAAAGAGACAUAGGAGGCAAAAAUUGGUGGAGAAGAAGAAUGGUGGAAAGGAGAUGAAAGAUGUGGGAAGGCGAAGAGAAAGACAAAGCCUAGAAGAGAGGUGGUAGGAAAGAAAAGAGACAAGAGGGAGUAAAGAUGGAAGAGAAGAACUGGGAGGAAUUAAGGAGGUAGACAAAUGAUAAAAAGGGGCAAGAAGGCAUAAUGGGAAGAUAAGGAGAGAGUAACACGGAGGAAGGACAAAAAUUACAAUAGACCAGAGAAGUAAAAGGGAUAGAAUUUCCACUUUGGUCUCCGAUUUCUUGGUGGUCCUCUUGCCAUCCCAGCUGCCAACAGAGCAAUGUUGGAAAUUGUCAAUCAACAGGUUGGGGUGGCAUAAAGUGGACAUCCAUGAUAUAUAUUAAAGAUAAGUUAUCAGUCUUCAACCACUUUGUAUUUUCUCAAGGGGCAACUUAAGGCCAAGGAGGCCACUUUAACCUUACUGACCCGCAGACUAAAAUAAGCCCUACUAAUGCUUCCAACUUGGCUUCAUCCAACCGUUUUUUUUAAUAAAAGCUGUUACCCAGGAGCUGACAGAGUUACAUAAUAAUGUGAAUCAGACUUAAAUUCAGAUGGAAAUGGAGAGAAUUCACUUUGGAAUUUGAACGCUGGCUAUUUAAUUCUCCAUUUUGUAGGGAUAAACUUUUCCCAAUGUCUCUUCCCGAUUAUUGACGCAGGACACUGACGGCUUCUGUCGGUAUUUGUUCAUUGUUUGAGGGCUACGUAAAAACGGUUGAAAAAUAGCUGCGCAAUAUUUAUUGUGGUAAAAACAUUCCCAUUAAAGGAAUUGAGGUUUGAUAAAC